GUAACUUCGAACAUUGGGGCAGUCCACUGCACCUCUUAAGGUAAAUUAUGACCACUUUGCUUUUGCUGUGUGCGCUACUGCACAUCGUCAGUGCUGGACAGGUGUCCAGAACAGAGCCAGAGGUCACCCUGAGUGUCAGCAUCCCUGUGGCGCCCCCUGUGCGGUCUCAGCUGGGAGGGGUGCUGGUGCUGCCCUGCUACUUCCUGGACAGCUCUGUCCUCAGCCCUCUCACCCUCCUCGCCCCCCUCUCCCCCCUCUCUUACUGCAUCAAGUGGACUCAUGUGACCAGGAACAGGGUGUCAGCGGUGCUGGUGGCCUCUGGAGGCUCUGUGAGGGUGGAGCCAGAGUACGUGGGCCGGGUGUCCAUGGUGAGUUACCCACUGGUGCCCACAGAUGGCAGUGUAGAGAUCACAGGGAUGCGCUCCAGUGAUGCCGGGACUUUCCGCUGUCAAGUGACACAGGGCUUCAGGAAUGCCCAGGACUCGGCGGAUGUGGAGGUUCAAGGUAUUGUGUUCCACUACCGGGCCAUCUCUUCCCGCUACAGCCUGAACUUUGAGCAGGCCCAGGCAGCCUGUUCCCGGAUUGGGGCUGCGAUCGCCACUCCAGCUCAGCUGCAGGCUGCCUAUCAUGAGGGGAUGCACCAGUGUGAUGCUGGCUGGCUGGCUGACCGCACCGUUAGGUAUCCCAUUCACCAUCCAAGGGAGGGUUGCUACGGUGAUAUGGACGUGCUCCCAGGACUACGGACGUAUGGAGGGCGAGACCUCAGUGAGACGUACGAUGUGUAUUGUUUCACCCAAGAGCUGGGAGGCAGGGUUUUCUACUCCACGUCUCCUGACAAGUUCACCUUUGCGGAGGCUGAAGAGCAGUGCAUGAAGCUGGGAGCCCGCCUGGCCUCCACUGGGCAGCUGUACCUGGCAUGGCAGGCAGGCAUGGACAUGUGCAGUGCAGGCUGGCUAGCUGACCAAAGUGUCCGCUACCCCAUCAAUAUCGCCCGGAAACAGUGCGGGGGGGGCCUCUUGGGGGUCCGCACAGUGUAUCUCUUCCCCAAUCAGACAGGGUACCCCCCCCCAAACUUCCGCUACGAUGCCAUCUGCUACCAAGGUAAGUAAGGAGCUUAUUCCUUGUGUUUUCCCUUGAUGUGUACUGUCACUUCAUGCACCGAGGUCUUCCUCAGAAGGCUCGCCAUGGAGACAGAGGCACAGGGGGAGGUGGUGACACAACAGCAGAUGCGUGCCCCUGACAUCUACGUUGAGCUGCCCCUGCCCAACAGCAUCCCAUCAUACACCUAUCCCAACACUAAAGGUGUGGUUCAUCAGCAUAUCAUCACCACGGUGACUGCCCCGCCCAACUUGGCCGCAGAGUUUCCCAGUCAGAUUGACGCUGAGCCUACACUGCCCCCUACAGGUGUGGUGUUCCACUACCGUGGCCCCUCCCCCAGCUCUGCCCUGACAUUCGUAGAGGCCCAGCGGGCGUGUCAGAAAGUGGGCGCGGUCAUCGCCAGCCCACUGCAGCUCCAUGCCGCCUUGAGGACUUGUCUCCGAGGCUGCAGCCCUGGCUGGCUGAGUGACCAGACUGUCAGGUACCCCAUUGUGUCUUCAGGGGAUGAAUGCUCAAGGGGCCUGGUGGAUCUGCCAGCGGUGAGGUCACGGGGCCUGCGCCCAGAGAACGAGCUCUAUGAUGUGUACUGCUACACCCACCAGCUGAAUGGGGAAGUUUUCCACGUUGGCUCCACUGAUGGUUUUACAUAUGCAGAGGCUGUGUCUUGCUGUAGGGAGCAGGGUGGCAGACUCGCAUCCACAGGCGAGCUGUACGCUGCGUGGAGGCAGGGCUAUGAUAAGUGUCGCGCCGGCUGGCUGUCAGACCGCAGUAUCAGAUACCCCCUCACCAGCCCCCGCCCACAAUGCGGGGAGGGCAGAACUGGGGUUUACACUGUCUAUGCCUUCCACAACCAGACUGGGUACCCCAACCCUGACCACAGAUAUGACACCUACUGCUUCAGGGAUGACUUGUCAGCAAGCCACAAUGAGACAGGAACAGGAAAUGAAGCAGAUAUUGAGAAAAUCACAUCAAUUCCCAGCCAUCUCAGACCUGAGCCCCGGUUCCCACCCAUCUUUGAGCCGUCUCCCACUUCUGUGGGCCCCAUCACUUCUGGACCUGACCCUACCCCUGAGGCACUCUCUGGGAGUGGUGAUACAGGGUCCAUGGAGUGGAGCGAGAGUGGUGGUGAGGUUUCCAGAAGUAGAGAUGGGUCAGACAAGGCAGUGACCCUCCUACUCAUGGAGACAGUCCAGCCUGAGGAGGACUUGGCCUCUGGAGCUCAGGAAGCCAGAGAGGGAAGCAGUGGGGUCCCUACCUCAGGGGGCCAGUCUGCUGCGGGCCCCACACCAGGGGGAAGUGAGGUCCUCUCUGGCUCUGGGGGGUUUUCCGGGUUCAGCGGGUCGCUGCAGAGUCGUGAGCAGGGUGGGGCCUCCGCGGUUACUCUGCUGGACAGCAUCGAGGUGGAGACUUUGCACUGGGACGGUGCAGAGCUGGAGCUCGUUGGAGACCUCUCAGGCUCGGGCAGUGGCUCCACCCUCCCUGCUGUGGUAUUGGUGGACUCGGACGUCCAAGCUCAAACAGAGAUCUCCGGGAGCUCUGGGGCUGGGCUGGAGGCUUCGGGGAUGCUGCUGUCAGGAUCUGGUGACAUCAGUGGAUUCAGGUCCGGGAUCCACUCUGUGUCCUCUGGAUCUGGCCUCCCAUUGGGCAGUGGUGAUGUCACCUUUCUGACGGCUGAGGGGAUGAUGGAGGUGCCAGCCCUGGAGGCAGACAGCAGACAGCAGGAGCAGGAGCAGGAGGAGGAGGUGUCUGUCAGGGUGUGGGGAGACCAGGGCCUGGUGGGAGGAGCUGUGGGGGUGGAGCACAUCUCAGUGGUCAGCAGGGGGAGAUCACAGGGGGUCAUUGCUGCCCACACCCUGCCUUCCAUCCCUCCACACACCUCCCCUGGCCUGGAAAAGCCCCAGUCAGUAUAUGAGGCGCGCGGGUGUGCAGACGGCUGGUCCGCGUUCGGGGACCACUGCUUCCUGCACGUCACUCAGAGAGAAACCUGGGACGCAGCAGAGCAGCACUGCCAGGACCUGCAGUCCCACCUGGCCAGCAUCCAUUCAGCACAAGAGCAGGAGUUCAUCACCGGCAACGCUGAGGACUAUCAGUGGAUCGGGCUGAAUGAUAAGAGGGUGGAGAAUGACUUCCGCUGGACAGACGGAUCCCCCAGGCAAUAUGAGAACUGGCGCCCAAACCAGCCGGACAAUUUCUUCACUGCUGGGGAGGACUGUGUGGCGAUGAUCUGGCACGAGGGAGGCCAGUGGAAUGACGUGCCCUGCACCUACCAACUGCCCUUCACCUGCAAGAGCAGCAACAGCAGCCCAGCUUGGUGUGGGCCCCCUCCUGAAGUGGAGAAUGCGAGGGUUCUUGGGAACAGGAAGGAUCGCUACAGUGUCAGUUCUGCAGUGCGAUACCGGUGUGACCCGGGAUUCACACAGCGCCACCCGCCUGUGGUGCGGUGCAUUGCAGGCGGGCAAUGGGAGAGGCCACGUGUUGAGUGUGUAAACUCUGCCCAGAAGAAGAUCCGUUCAGACAGGAAGAGGCAGAAAUCCUCACUGAACAUCAGAGGGAUACGAAAGAAAGGGUUAAGCGAAUAAUUAUAAAGAAGGCUUUUUUGUGAAUAUAACAGUAAGCUGGCCCCUUGCACACAAACCCAAACAGCUGCAGCUGGCCUGUCCAUCUGACCGCCCUGUGAGUGCGGCACUGUACCAUGUUUACCAGGGUAAAUAAGCAUGGGUUUAUUCCUUUAAUGAUGUUCUGGUGCAAGGCACAGUGAAACGUUUUUUUUUAAAUACACUAUUUUUGUUA